AUGACCACUGAUCUUCAACGAAAGCGCAGCAACUCUGCCCUUCCAGCAUUCCAAAGACUACCCAACAAGACUAAAGAUAACUCCAGAACCCGUUUUUACAGCAUUUCAUCUAAAAUUGUCCCACAAACUAUUCGGGUUAGUGAACAUAGCGAUGACGAUGAAACUGAGAAUGUACGGUCAAACAAAAAGGAUAUAGAGGUGUCAAGCUCAUCUCCAGCUCUUCACAGCUUAUCGAAAGUUGGAUUUCAAUCGAUUUACCAGAAUCCUGGCAAUAGAAAGAGCCAAAAGAGCCUGGUCGGUACAAUUGAUCAAGGGCGCAGAAUCCGAACGGCGAGCUCAAGCUCCUCAGUGAAAAGCAAUGGCAUAACAAGCUAUCAUUCCUACCAGAGUGAAUCUAACGUUUCCACAAUCAGCAAGAAACAGAGCCAAAGUUCACUUUUAGGCAGAACUAGCACCGUGCGAAGCUCCUCCAACAUUGUGAUCGAUGAGGGAGAAGAGGAAAGACUGAGCAAUCGCAACCUAAAGUCUGCUGGACGCUCUCCAUCGCUGCAUUCACCAUCGUCGAACGCCAAGAAAAACCCCUUUAGUAUGGCCGCAAGAAAACUCUUCAGCAGGAAAGAGGGACGUUUGGAAAAAUCACGGCAAGGUCUCAAAUCUCCCACGUCGGGAGCCUCGUCGACUUUUGGCAAGUUUCUCAAUAGCAAGUAUGGUAAGCAUGUUGGGAAGGCUACUGCGCACCACAAAAAUUCGGCCGGGAGCCUUAUAGACGCGGGGAAGUCAAGUCAGAGUUUUGGCGCGAACGGUGCCAGCACCUCAAACGAUGUAUCUUUACAAUUGACACAGGAUUCCAGCUUGGAUGCAAGUGACGUACAAAUGCUACACGAUUUGAUCAAGAAUUUGCGGUCUUUACAGAGCAACUACCGCAGCUUCACCGACGAAGAGCUUGAUGCACUCAUGAGUAAUAUAUGGGGUGUUUUCUGCAGCGUAGCAGUUACUUUAUUCAAAAACAAAGAGUUAUGGGAACUACCCGCCAAGAUUGAAGACUUAAACCAUGUCUUUUCGUUUUACAUAAAGCUCAAGAUCGCUUCUCAAAGCCGACACAGCAGCUCAAAAUUCGUUAAGGAGGUCGAAGAAUUCAUGACAACCUGUUUAUUCAUUUUAGAAAACCAGAUUGUUUUCAAUUACAGCAAUGAGAAUACUAUAAACACGGCACUGAAGCGACUCUGUCUAAUUUGGGGUGUAUUCUAUCAGCAGGUUUAUCACAACGUAAUUGCCAUCUUUCUGCCGUUAGAAAUAAGCUUUCGAUCUGACACAAAAUACUGGUCGGAGGCCAAUCUCAAUUUUAGUGGCGACACUUCAAAUGGGCUACGCGCAGGUCUACUGUCGCUCGACAUUUUAUUGCUGAAAAGCUUUCGGGAUUCGAUAGUUUCUCCUUACUACGGGAGCUUCAUCAACAGCAAUGAGGGCGCAAGUAAAAGUUUCCAUGUGUACAUCAUGAACGAGGAGGAGGAAAAAGGCGUUACUCAACGGGAUAAGUUGACGCUGUUACAAUGUUUUGGUAUUUUGUCAUCAAUAAGGAACACCGGUAUUAAACAGAAAGUCAUUGAGGAAUUAUUAGUCGGCAUCAGAAUGAGUAUAUGA